GCGCCCGGCUUGGGCUCCAGUGGCGCAAGCAUCUCUUCCGCUGCUGAGGAGACCCGGGUCUUUUUGGAGAGUCCUGUCGGCGCAAGCUGUCUGUGGAGCCGUCAGCCUCCGGCAGGGGCCCACGAGGCCCACUCUCCCCGUCCUUGGCCGUCAGCCUGCAGGCCUGGCCGCGUUACCGCGGGGAGAACAUCUCCUCAGGGCCAUGUCCAGGCCGAGCAGCGUCUCCCCGCGGCCGCCGGCUCCCGGCGGGGGCGGCGGAGGUGGCCCCGCGCCGUGUGGUCCUGGGGGUGGUGGCAGGGCCAAGGGGCUGAAGGAUAUUCGUAUAGACGAAGAAGUGAAGAUCGCGGUCAACAUCGCUCUGGAGCGCUUCCGAUAUGGAGAGCAGAGAGAAAUGGAAUUUCCUUCUUCUUUGACCAGUACAGAAAGAGCCUUUAUUCAUCGAUUGAGUCAGUCUCUUGGUUUGGUUUCUAAAAGUAAAGGAAAGGGAGCAAAUAGAUACCUAACUGUGAAGAAGAAAGAUGGAUCAGAAACAGCUCAUGCAAUGAUGACCUGUAAUUUGACUCAUAAUACAAAACAUGCUGUUAGGAGCCUAAUUCAAAGAUUUCCUGUCACCAAUAAAGAGCGUACUGAACUUCUGCCUAAAACAGAAAGAGGAAAUGUGUUUGCAGUUGAAGCUGAAAACCGAGAAAUGAGCAAGACAAGUGGGCGACUCAACAAUGGCAUACCUCAGAUUCCAGUGAAAAGAGGAGAAUCUGAAUUUGAUUCUUUCAGGCAGUCUCUGCCAGUGUUUGAGAAACAAGAAGAAAUUGUCAAAAUCAUUAAGGAAAAUAAAGUAGUUUUGAUUGUAGGAGAAACUGGGUCUGGAAAGACUACACAGAUUCCUCAGUUCCUUUUAGAUGAUUGUUUCAAAAAUGGUAUCCCCUGCCGUAUAUUUUGCACUCAACCAAGACGAUUAGCAGCUAUUGCUGUGGCUGAAAGAGUUGCUGCAGAGAGAAGAGAAAGGAUUGGUCAAACAAUUGGAUAUCAGAUCCGUUUAGAAAGCAGGGUUUCUCCAAAGACACUUCUGACAUUUUGUACUAACGGUGUAUUGCUUCGUACUCUGAUGGCAGGAGAUAGUACUUUGUCAACUGUGACACAUGUUAUUGUGGAUGAAGUACAUGAAAGGGAUCGAUUUAGUGAUUUUUUACUUACAAAGUUAAGAGAUUUGUUGCAAAAGCACCCAACUUUGAAACUAAUUCUUUCUAGUGCAGCCUUGGAUGUAAAUCUUUUUAUAAGAUACUUUGGGAGUUGUCCAGUGAUAUAUAUACAGGGAAGACCAUUUGAAGUAAAAGAAAUGUUUCUGGAAGAUAUUUUAAGAACAACUGGAUACACAAACAAAGAAAUGUUGAAGUACAAAAAGGAAAAGCAGCGAGAAGAAAAACAACAAAGCACGCUUACAGAAUGGUACUCAGCGCAAGAGAAUACUUUCAAACCUGAAUCUCAGAGACAGAGAGCUGUUCCAAAUGUGACUGAAGAGUAUGAUUUAUUGGAUGAUGGGGGUGAUGCUGUCUUCAGUCAGUUGACAGAAAAAGAUGUGAAUUGCCUUGAACCAUGGUUAAUAAAGGAAAUGGAUGCUUGCCUUUCUGACAUAUGGCUGCAUAAAGAUGUUGAUGCCUUUGCUCAGGUCUUUCACCUUAUUUUAACUGAAAAUGUUAGUGUUGAUUACAGACAUAGUGAAACCAGCGCAACAGCUCUGAUGGUAGCUGCAGGAAGAGGUUUUUCAAGUCAAGUAGAACAGUUAAUUAGUAUGGGAGCCAAUGUCCAUAGUAAAGCAUCAAAUGGCUGGAUGGCUUUAGAUUGGGCUAAACACUUUGGGCAGACUGAAAUUGUGGAUCUUCUAGAAUCUUACAGUGCUUCAUUGGAAUUUGGAAAUCUGGAUGAAAGUUCUCUAGUUCAGACAAAUGGAAGUGACCUCAGUGCAGAAGACAGAGAGCUCCUGAAAGCUUAUCAUCAUAGUUUUGAUGAUGAAAAAGUAGACUUGGAUUUGAUCAUGCAUCUUCUUUACAAUAUCUGCCAUAGUUGUGAUGCUGGUGCUGUAUUGAUUUUCCUACCUGGAUAUGAUGAAAUUGUUGGUCUGAGGGAUCGCAUCCUCUUUGAUGACAAGCGGUUUGCUGACAAUACACACAGCAGAUAUCAAGUCUUUAUGCUUCAUUCAAAUAUGCAAACAUCUGAUCAAAAGAAGGUAUUAAAAAACCCACCAGCAGGUGUUCGAAAAAUAAUCCUUUCCACCAAUAUUGCUGAAACCAGCAUCACAGUCAAUGAUGUUGUCUUUGUUAUUGAUUCUGGUAAGGUGAAAGAGAAAUCCUUUGAUGCACUGAAUUUUGUUACAAUGUUAAAAAUGGUGUGGAUUUCCAAAGCAAGUGCUAUACAGCGAAAAGGCAGGGCAGGGCGAUGCAGACCUGGAAUUUGUUUCCGGCUAUUCAGUAGACUUCGAUUCCAGAAUAUGUUGGAAUUUCAGACGCCAGAACUUUUGAGAAUGCCAUUACAGGAACUUUGUUUACAUACCAAGCUGUUAGCCCCAGUUAAUUGUCCUAUUGCUGAUUUCCUUAUGAAAGCUCCUGAACCUCCACCAGCUUUAAUUGUAAGAAAUGCUGUACAGAUGCUUAAGACAAUAGAUGCAAUGGAUGCAUGGGAAGAUCUCACUGAACUUGGUUAUCAUUUGGCUGACUUGCCGGUAGAACCUCAUCUUGGUAAAAUGGUCCUGUGUGCAGUUGUUUUAAAGUGUCUGGACCCCAUCCUUACAAUUGCCUGUACACUAGCCUAUAGAGAUCCUUUUGUCCUGCCGACACAGGCCUCUCAAAAACGCGCAGCUAUGCUUUGUAGGAAACGUUUCACUGCAGGAACUUUCAGUGACCAUAUGGCACUUCUCAGAGCAUUCCAGGCAUGGCAGAAAGCUCGAAGUGAUGGAUGGGAGCGAGCCUUUUGUGAAAAGAAUUUUCUUUCACAAGCUACGAUGGAAAUAAUCAUAGGCAUGAGAACUCAGUUGCUUGGUCAACUUAGAGCAUCAGGUUUUGUUAGAGCGCGAGGUGGUGGUGAUAUCCGAGAUGUUAACACAAAUUCUGAGAACUGGGCUGUUGUCAAAGCUGCAUUGGUUGCAGGCAUGUAUCCUAAUUUAGUCCAUGUGGACAGAGAGAAUGUAGUAUUGACAGGGCCAAAGGAGAAAAAAGUACGGUUUCAUCCCACUUCAGUUCUCAGUCAGCCUCAAUAUAAAAAGAUUCCUCCAGCCAAUGGUCAAGCUGCAGCAAUUCAGGCACUGCCCACAGAUUGGCUUAUUUAUGAUGAAAUGACCAGAGCUCACAGAAUAGCUAAUAUUAGAUGUUGUUCAGCAGUGACUCCUGUCACUGUCUUGGUAUUCUGUGGACCAGCUAGGCUGGCAAGUAAUGCUCUUCAGGAACCUUCAUCUUUUCGAGCGGAUGGGAUUCCUAAUGACAGUAGUGAUAGUGAAAUGGAAGACAGAACUACUGCUAAUUUGGCAACUUUAAAACUUGAUGAGUGGCUCAGUUUCAAACUAGAGCCAGAGGCAGCCAGUUUAUUGCUGCAGCUAAGACAGAAGUGGCACAGCUUAUUUUUACGUCGAAUGAGAGCUCCAUCCAAACCUUGGUCUCAAGUUGAUGAAGCUACCAUAAGAGCAAUUAUAGCUGUUUUAAGCACUGAAGAACAGGCUGCAGGUUUACAACAACCAUCUGGGAUUGGCCAAAGGCCAAGGCCUAUGUCUUCAGAAGAACUUCCUUUGGCAUCAUCUUGGAGAUCUAAUAAUAGCAGGAAAAGUUCAGCAGAUACUGAAUUUUCUGAUGAGUCUACUAUUGCAGAAAGAGUAUUGAUGAAAUCUCCAUCUCCAGCACUACACCCACCUCAAAAGUACAAAGACAGAGGAAUUUUACAUCCUAAACGAAGCACUGAUGACCGGUCUGACCAAUCUUCUGUGAAAUCUACAGACAGUAGUAGUUAUCCAAGUCCUUGUGCUAGUCCUUCUCCCCCAUCCUCAGGAAAGGGCUCAAAAUCUCCUUCACCAAGACCAAACAUGCCUAUUCGAUACUUCAUAAUGAAGAGUAGCAAUUUGAGAAACCUCGAAAUUUCUCAACAGAAGGGUAUCUGGUCUACCACCCCUAGUAACGAACGGAAGCUAAAUCGAGCCUUUUGGGAAAGCAGCAUGGUUUACUUGGUAUUUUCUGUUCAGGGAUCUGGGCAUUUCCAGGGAUUUUCUAGAAUGUCUUCUGAAAUAGGAAGGGAGAAGAGUCAGGACUGGGGCUCAGCUGGACUAGGAGGAGUGUUUAAGGUGGAGUGGAUACGAAAAGAAAGUCUUCCCUUUCAGUUUGCACACCACUUACUCAAUCCUUGGAAUGACAACAAGAAAGUCCAGAUAAGCAGAGAUGGGCAGGAACUAGAACCUCAGGUUGGUGAACAGUUGCUCCAGUUAUGGGAACGCCUUCCAUUGGGAGAAAAAACUGCAACUGAUUGACGCUCAGAACUCAGCUUCAGAAGAACCUCGUGCCUAUUUAUAACCACUAAAUACCCUGACUUCUAAAAACUGAGAUGGGGUUAUGUUAUGAGUAAGCUUUUCUGGUUGAAAGUGCUGCUUUAGAACCACCUUCCUCAUGUAAAAGAGAAAAGGAUGAUUUAAUUUUAUAGUAAUCAUAGGGAAUGAUUAUAUGUUUGUUACUUGUAUGUUUAUAAUUAAAUAAAAUAGUAUAGUUUCAUUAUUUGACAAAACAGCAGUGAAACAUACUUAAUUUGUUGUUAAAUAUUUCAUUUAUUUAAAACACCAAUUUAAAAUUCUUAUUAUUUUUCUGUACAUCUGAGCACCAUUUUAGAAGAGUCAGCUCUUAAGAUUUAUCAUUAAAAAACAAAAACAAGUGAUCAAAUUCUUAAAAUGUCCCUUUUAAAAAUAGUGUGUGCUUAUUGACUAUUCAUUCUGCCAUUUUUAACCUAAGAUAAAUUAAAGAAAAAAAAGAAAAGGGUCUUCUUUUUCUGCAACUAUGAAAUAUAGUAAAAACUGAAGAGAGGCAGAAUUUGUCCCUGAUUUUGGUCAGAUCAGAUUAAGUGCUGAGUUUUAUUUCUGCCUCUUUUAACAUGGUGUGUACCAGACCUUCCUUUCUCCGACAUUACAAUCUUCACACAUCUCUGAUAUAAACACAGUAAUUAUGACCUCUUUGUUUUGGCUAGAGAAACUUGAUUUAAGCAAGUUAAAAAUUUAAGCAAGUUAUCAAGUGGAAAAAAAUGCCGUUAACAGUUAAUGAUAGCUUGGUUUCUGUAUGUCUUCCAAAUUGAAGCCCCCCCCCCCGCCCCCCAAGCACCACAAUUCUAAAUGCCUUCUCUUUGAUUUCUGGUUCUUUUUAACCUACUUAGGUUUUCAGAUAUGAUUUCUCUUUUUUUGUCAUCUGAGAUUUAAUAAGUGGGGUGUAAAUUUUUUAAACCCAUAUUAGUGCCAAAUCUCAUAUUUCUCUGACAUCUCAGAAUUAAUUGGUAUGUUCUCUUUAACACAGUUAUCUGUUAAGUUUCCUUAAAGGCUUUAUGAAGGGAAAUGGAAGUACAGGGAGAAAUGAAAGAAAUGUCUUGGUUACCGAGUUCUAAAUAGGAUAGCUUUGAUAGCACUUCUAAUGAAAUGCUAUAUUUGGGUCAUUGCUAUAUAACAAAAAACCAACAUGCAAUUUAAUUUAAAGACAAAAAGAAAACUCUUAAGUCCUCUGCUAUUUUAUUUGAGAACAAGAAAGUGAAAAAUCAUGGGUCAACACAAAAUCUUAAGAACCUGUCUACUUUCCCUAGGAAGGUAUUAUAUAUUGGUGCAUUAGUUCACAAUGUCAGCUUUGACUUUUGCCUGUAUUUGUAGUCAUUGGGUUUUUGUUUGUUUGUUUUAUACUUUGAGAGAUAUCUAUAAAUUGAACCAAUGUGAAUUAUGUUCCACUACAUGUGUAUUAAUGUUCUUUUCCUAUUAGAGGAACUUGUGGUUUUCUGAUAAUGUAUAUAUUUUGUUUAGAUAUAUAUUUGGCAGUUUACCAUGGUCUACUUUGGAAGUAAGGACUUCUAAAAAAUAGAACUUGUUUUAAUUUCCAUCUCUUUUCUAAUAUCUAUCCCUCAAUGUAAAUGAUGAGUUUGUUGUUAUUUAAGAUGAACACAAUUUGAAUGUAAUUAAAAUGCUGUUUUCUUUGAAGAGAUGAACUUUAAAUAUACUUAUUAAAUGAAGUUCUGUUAAA